AUGGCAGUUCCGACAGAAGCCCAGAUAUCAGAGUGCCAAAUGUCCAUCCAAACAACGCGUUUGGAGAAGGAAUAUGAAAUAGUGCGCGCCCAUUCUACGCGUCUCCUAGAUACUGAGAAAGAUCGUGUGAGGCGCAUGGAGAAUUUACUUCUUCAAUUCGAACGCGACGCUCUUCGAUCCCAGCUCGACCAAGCCAACGAACAAUUACUUGGAGCUACGGAAUCGGAGCGGGAGGCGCGCACGCAGUUGGAAGAAGCUUUUCAAGAGAUUGACCGUCUAGAUGCCUAUGUUCAGUCUUCUUCUAGCGAGAUGAAUAGGCUCAAGGACGAGCUCUCGGCUAUGAAUGACACCUCUACUAGCUACAGCAACCUCCUCGCCGAAAAACUACGAUUGUCUCGAGAUCUCUCUAAUCUCCAAAGCGAACUCGACCGACUCCGAAACCAAGAUUCGUCCUACCAAGCAUUGAUACCGGAGAAGCAGGACCUGGAACGACAACUAAAUUCAUUGGAAGUACAACUUGAGAACGAGAAGAAUUCACAUGACCGUACGCGAGCCAAGAGUUCGCAACAGGCCACACAAAUCGACAAACUCUCUAUACGAAUCGAGGAACUAGAGGGUAACAUCGCCAGAGAACUGCGAGCAAAACAGCAAUCCGAGCACGACAACCGACAACAAGAUACAGAAUGGGAAAGCCAACGAUCAGCUCUCGAGACAAGAAUCGAGACCCUUAAGAAACAACUACGGACCGCGAAGGAUAAACUGCAAGAAGCCCAAAAUGAAUUACAACACCGGCGUAACAAUGUGAGAAUUGAGAACGAACCAUCCGAACCACGAUCCCGGACUGUCCCUCUUCAGCGCCCGGGUCCUGGAGGGGCCGAUUAUCAAGGUGGUGUGACGAUUUCGACGCCAGGGGCUGUCAGGAUUCAAGACAAGCUCAAGCGACAAUCAGCUUUACCAGGAGAUAAAUCAGCGUUCUCCAUAACGCCGUACCUGAAUCGUACCAAGAACUCCGGGGGUUCUCCAUCAAGCUCAGAUGCGGAAGAGGAGCAACCGAAGAAGGCAAAGACAAAGGCAAAGGAUGGGAGCAAGCCAACCUCUCGCAAAACCGCCAUCGCCGAAGAACCAUCCGGCGAGCGUGCAUCACUAGAGGACCGCGCUACUUCUACGCGUGUUCCCUCAAAAACCGCAAAGGGGAAGUCAAAGGCAACGGAAGGGAAACCCGCGACCCGCCCAGCUCCCAAGCCUAUUUUAGAAGAAGACAGCGAUGAGCUAGAGUCUUCAAUGGACCAAGGCCAAGCUAAAAUCAAGCGACGAAAGCUUGGGGCUCAGCGGGAACGGUCAUUGUUCGAGGACGAUGAGAAUGAGGACGAACUCGACAUGCGAAAGCCCGGACGCAAGUUAGGCCUUGGGGGUGGGAGAAGUUCGAUACUUGCGACUACCACGCAAUUGUCGGGCGCCAGUGGAAUCCCUCGAAAUCUUGGCUUCGCUGCACCCAUGGGAUUUUCACCUCUCAAGAAAGACCGGAAGCGAUUUUAA